AUGGCAGAUUUUGAUUACGAUGAAGAAGAACAAGAUUUUGAAAACUACGAUGAAGACGUUUACAACGAAAACAUCGAAGUGAAAAAAAUAAUUCCUCCAAACGAUUUUAAAAGAAAACUGUUGGCAUGCACAAACUGCUAUUUCAUAUUAACUCAAGAAUAGUGGAGAGAUUAUCAAAAUUGUCCUAACUGCGAUGUAUCUAGCAAUAAUCCUAAACCAACUGCAAAGUUUACAGGUAUUACAUGCAUCACUGAUCCAGCAAAAAGUUGGUAGACAAACAGAAUGAGAAUAGUCAAAAGAAAAGAUGUAAAAGUUCCUGGAGCUUAUGCAGUCAAUAUAAACGAAGAUUAUGAUUAUUAAUAAGACACCUUUGAAUGA